AUGGUCAGCAUCACAUCUUCCGCCUUGAGGGCGAGCAGCCGCCUCGGUUGCAGCUCCCCCCUCGCGACGUCGGCCGCAUCGGUAGCCACUCGCAGUUUAUCACGCACCGCCGCUGCUGUUGUCGCGAGGAACGCAUCGAGGCGCGGCUAUGUCACAGGAACCAAGCACGAUAGUGCUCGCGUCGAGACAGCCAUCAAACUUGAUAAGAAAGAUUUCGUCGACAUCCCGCCUCCCACUCCCCUCGAUGCCCCUACCAAUGCCAAGGUCAGCCCGAUGGCGCAGGUUCUCAAGCAGGCAGCGGUGAUGGACGAAGGACAACGGCCCAUCUAUCUCGAUAUGCAAGCCACAACACCCGUCGACCCCCGAGUUCUGGAUGCCAUGAUCCCCUUCUACGUUGGGGUCUAUGGUAACCCUCACUCGCGGACACACGCGUACGGGUGGGAGAGUGAGAAGGCUGUUGAGGACGCUCGCAAGCACGUUGCCGAUCUCAUCGGUGCCGAUCCCAAGGAGAUUAUCUUCACAAGCGGUGCCACCGAGAGCAACAACAUGAGCAUCAAGGGUGUGGCUCGCUUCUUCGGUCGAAGCGGCAAGAAGAAGCACAUUAUUACGACACAGACAGAGCACAAAUGUGUGCUCGACAGCUGCCGUCACUUGCAGGACGACGGCUUUGAGGUCACAUAUCUGCCUGUGCAGAACGAUGGCCUUGUCAAUAUGAAAGAUCUGGAGGCAGCGAUCCGCCCAGAGACUGCGCUCGUCAGUGUCAUGGCGGUCAACAACGAGAUUGGUGUCAUCCAGCCCAUCGAGGAGAUUGGCAAGCUUUGUCGAUCAAAGAAGGUCUUCUUCCACACCGAUGCCGCGCAAGCGGUCGGCAAGAUCCCGUUGGACGUCAAUGCGAUGAACAUUGAUCUCAUGUCCAUCUCAUCACAUAAGAUCUACGGGCCCAAGGGUAUGGGUGCCUGCUAUGUCAGGCGACGACCCAGGGUCCGCUUGGACCCUAUUAUCACCGGUGGUGGCCAAGAGCGAGGCUUGCGCAGCGGCACUCUCGCACCGCCCCUGGUGGUUGGCUUUGGCGAGGCGUGCCGUAUCGCCAAGGAAGAGAUGUCGUACGACACGAAGCGCAUCAAGUACCUCUCAGACCGACUCCUCAAGGGACUCUUGUCUCUGGAGCACACCACACAAAACGGAGCACCAAACUCCUUCUACCCUGGCUGCGUCAAUGUCUCGUUUGCCUACGUGGAAGGCGAGUCGCUACUGAUGGCGCUCAAAGACAUUGCGCUGUCCUCGGGCAGUGCUUGCACAUCAGCCUCGCUUGAGCCCAGCUACGUCUUGCGAGCCCUCGGCAACAGUGACGAGAGCGCACACAGCAGUAUCCGCUUUGGCAUUGGCCGCUUCACAACAGAGAUGGAGAUCGACUACGUGCUCAAGGCUGUCCAAGAGCGUGUCACAUUCCUUCGCGAGCUCAGCCCGCUAUGGGAGCUUGUGCAGGAAGGUAUUGACCUGGACACGAUCCAGUGGAGCCAGCACUAA